CACAUGACCGGAACUUAUCCAAUGUCCUCUCACUCGGACACGUUUUUCCUCAUUGCUAACCACACUUAGCAUUGGAAUACCUGCAACUCGAAUUGAAGGGGGAACAUCUGACAUUCAUAAUCAGUAAUCAUGUCAAAAGUAAAAAAGAAGAGCAAAAGUAAUACUUUUAACUAUAAUCAAAACCGCAAGAAGCUGAAGAAGAAGUUCAGGAAGAAAGCCAAUCCGAGGAUAGAAAAUAAACAAAUACGAGAGGCAUGGGAUCCAAGCAAGUCCUUGACUAGGAACCUGCACGACAUGGGCCUGGUGUCCGACCCAAACCGCAUUUUACCCAUCAAGAAAGAGAGCCUCCUUGGGUUAAGAAAAGAGAGAACAGCUCCCGCCCACAUUGUGAUCAAGCCCUACGUCGUCAACCAGCUGGAGGAAGAGGCCAACCUGCCAGUGACGGACACCAAGACGCUGUCUUCCGACUUGAUCAUGUACGUCCAGCACAUGAUCCGGGAACACAAAGACAACUACAAGGCGAUGGCCCGCGACGAGAAAAACUACUACCAGGAUACGCCCAAGCAGAUUAAGAGGAAGAUCAACGAGUACAAGCGCUGCCACUCACAGCACUACGACGCCUUUGUCGCCUCGCUUGCCACACCCAUGUCUCAUUGAGCGCUGGUGGCCAGGGGGGGCUUUCAAGUAAGAAUGUUCCGUUUACUCUGAGGAGUCUGGCGCUUCACAAGUUCGCCAUGUUAACAGACAUACGGCUUUUUUUUCCAUGGUUGACCCAGUUUGUGUAGAAAUACACAAAAAAAAAGGAAAA